UGGCAGCCGGCGCGGGCCCGGAGGCGGCGGCGGCCGAGGUCAGCGCCGGAGGGCGAGGCUAGCCCAGGGCUGGCCGGGCCCCCGGCCCGGGCCCAGCCAUGUGGUGCCUGCACUGCAACUCGGAGCGGACCCAGUCGCUGCUGGAGCUGGAGCUUGACAGCUGCGUUGAGGGAGAAGCCCCAGGGAGUGAGACUGGCACCUCUUUGGACAGCCCCUCAAACUACCAUCAAGGUCCAAUAACUCACAGCUCCACUCUGAGCCCCGACCACUACGAUCACUCUGCGUAUGGGCUGUACUCGGUCCCUGGGCAGCCCCAACGCUCCCGGAGGCCCAAGCUCCAGCAUUCCACCUCCAUCCUCCGUAAGCAGGCGGAAGAGGAGGCCAUCAAGCGGUCGAGGUCCCUUUCUGAAAGCUAUGAGCUCUCUUCAGACCUACAGGACAAGCAGGUGGAAAUGCUAGAACGGAAAUAUGGGGGCCGUCUCAUAACCCGCCAUGCAGCCCGAACCAUCCAGACAGCAUUUCGUCAAUACCAAAUGAACAAGAACUUUGAGCGACUUCGGAGUUCUAUGUCAGAAAAUCGUAUGUCACGACGCAUUGUGCUGUCCAAUAUGAGAAUGCAGUUUUCUUUUGAAGGGCCAGAGAAAGUCCAUAGCUCCUACUUCGAAGGGAAGCAGGUCUCUGUGACAAAUGAUGGCACCAAACUUGGGUCUCUGGUCCAAUCCGAGUGUGGUGACAUCGUGGAACCAGCAACAAUGAAAUCUCCAGCUGCCUCCAGUGACUUUGCUGAUGCCAUCACAGAGCUGGAAGAUGCCUUUUCCAGGCAAGUAAAGUCCCUUGCCGAGUCAAUAGAUGAUGCCUUGAAUUGCCGUAGUCUGCAUGCUGAUGAGGUGCCAACCUCUGAGCCUAUCAGGAGCCGAGACCUGGAGCGGGAGAGCUGUGGGAGGGAGCUCAAACCUGCCCUCCAUGGCGUAGACCAUCGAAAGCUGGACGAGAUGACUGCCUCCUACAGUGAUGUCACCCUGUACAUUGAUGAGGAGGAGCUCUCCCCGCCCCUUCCUCUUUCUCAGUCUGUGGACAGACCGUCCAGCACUGAGUCGGACUUAAGGCUGCGGUCUAUGAACUCUUCCCAGGAGUACUGGUCAAUGACUCACAAGGAUGACAAGAUGGACACAGACACUAGUUGCCGGAGCACCCCUUCCCUGGAACGCCAGGAGCAGAGGCUACGGAUGGACCAUUUGCCUCUGCUCACCAUAGAACCCCCAAGCGAUAGCUCUGUAGACCUCAGUGAUCGCUCUGAACGGGGCUCACUAAAGAGGCAAAAUGCCUAUGACCGAAGCCUUAGCAACCAGCAAGGGAGCCCCAAGCACGUGCCCCACGGGAUCCCCGCCAAGAUCAUCCCCCGGGAGGAGCCAGAACCUCGGCAUCGACCCCGGCCCAUCGAUAGUCACUUGGCCAUCAAUGGUACUGCCAACAGACAGAGUAAGUCAGAGUCAGAUUAUUCUGAUGGUGACAAUGACAGUAUCAAUAGUACCUCCAAUUCUAACGACACAAUAAACUGCAGCUCAGAGUCCUCCUCCCGGGACAGUUUGCGGGAGCAAACUUUGAGCAAGCAGACCUACCACAAGGAGACUCGCAACAGCUGGGACUCACCAGCCUUCAGUAAUGAUGUCAUCCGGAAGCGCCAUUACAGGAUUGGAUUGAACCUCUUCAAUAAGAAACCUGAAAAGGGAGUCCAGUACCUCAUUGAGCGAGGCUUCGUCCCUGACACGCCUGUGGGUGUUGCUCAUUUCCUCCUUCAGAGGAAAGGUCUCAGCAGGCAAAUGAUUGGGGAGUUCCUGGGGAACCGGCAGAAACAGUUCAACCGGGAUGUGCUUGACUGUGUGGUAGAUGAGAUGGACUUCUCGGCCAUGGAACUGGAUGAAGCACUCAGGAAAUUUCAGGCUCACAUCCGAGUCCAGGGAGAAGCCCAGAAAGUGGAGCGGCUCAUUGAAGCAUUCAGCCAGCGGUACUGCAUUUGUAACCCUGGGGUAGUGAGGCAGUUCCGGAACCCAGAUACCAUCUUCAUCCUGGCCUUCGCCAUCAUUCUGCUGAACACAGACAUGUACAGCCCCAAUGUGAAGCCUGAGCGCAAGAUGAAACUUGAGGAUUUUGUGAAGAACUUGAGAGGUGUGGAUGAUGGGGAGGACAUCCCGAGGGAGAUGCUGAUUGGCAUUUAUGAACGGAUCCGCAAACGGGAAUUGAAGACCAACGAGGACCAUGUUUCCCAGGUCCAAAAGGUUGAGAAGCUCAUUGUGGGAAAGAAGCCGAUUGGAUCUCUGCAUCAUGGACUUGGCUGUGUACUUUCCCUUCCCCAUCGGAGGCUUGUUUGCUAUUGCCGGCUCUUUGAAGUGCCAGAUCCGAAUAAACCCCAGAAGCUUGGAUUACACCAGCGAGAAAUCUUCUUAUUUAAUGACCUCCUUGUGGUCACCAAGAUCUUUCAGAAGAAGAAGAAUUCUGUGACAUACAGCUUCCGCCAGUCCUUUUCUCUUUAUGGCAUGCAGGUCCUACUUUUUGAGAAUCAGUAUUAUCCUAAUGGCAUCCGGCUCACAUCUGCUGUCCCAGGAGCAGACAUCAAAGUGUUGAUAAAUUUCAAUGCACCCAAUCCCCAAGACAGGAAGAAAUUCACUGAUGACUUGAGGGAAUCGAUUGCAGAAGUUCAGGAAAUGGAAAAGCAUAGAAUAGAGUCGGAGCUCGAGAAACAGAAAGGCGUCGUCCGGCCCAGCAUGUCCCAGUGCACCAGCCUGAAGAAAGAGCCUGGUAAUGGGACUCUGAGCCGAGCCUGCCUCGAUGACAGCUAUGCCACAGGCGAGGGCCUGAAGCGGAGUGCACUGAGCAGCUCACUCCGAGACCUCUCAGAAGCGGGGAAGCGUGGGCGCCGCAGCAGUGCAGGAUCGCUAGACAGCAAUAUGGAAGGGUCCAUCAUUAGCAGUCCUCACAUGCGCCGAAGAGCUACAUCAACCCGAGAGUGUCCAUCUCGCCCACACCAGACUAUGCCUAACUCUUCUUCCCUCCUAGGCUCCCUAUUUGGUAGUAAGAGAGGGAAGCCACCUCCUCAGGCCCACCCACUCUCUGGCCCUUCACAGCCCCCUUCUCACCCCCCAGUCAUCUCCCAUCAACAGCAUGCUCAGCAUCCUUCCACCGGGCACCACCAGGGCCCCUCCGAGGGACAGACACAGGCCCAGGUGCACACGCACCACACCCAGUACUGCCACAUGCAGCAAAAUCCACCCCCCUACCACCACCACCACCACUACCACCCACCUCAGCACACCCAGCACGCACACCAGUACCACCAUGUCCCCCAUGGGGGUCAUCCCCCCCACCCGCCCUAUGUGGCACAUGCCCACACACCACAUGCCCACCCACCACUGCCCUCAUCCCACGCUGGGCACUCUACCCACUCUGGGCACACAGCGCACCACCACGGACAGCAGUCUGCCCCUCCUCCUCCCACCAGCACGAAGCCCAAACAUAGCGGCAUCAGCACAAUCGUCUAGAUAGACCUGGGGGGGAUGGGGAGGGGGGCCUUGGGCCCCCCUAUUGACUGUAGCACCAGAUAUCUGACACAGAGGCGCACCUAGCAGGCAGCCAGCAGUAUAUCAAACCUAGGGUGGAUUUGUUUUCUUUUUUUUUUCCCUUGGCCCUGGAAUCAGACAAUAUGAUUGAAUCCCAAAAGCUCACAAGGCUUGCAUUUUAGGAAAUGAAAUUCCUUUCAAUUUAACCUUGUUGGCCUGGGCUUCAUUCACCUCCACCUUUGGGAGGGCCUGCGUUUGGGCCAGUCUUUGCCAUCAUUGGCCUUGAAAUGGUGCCACCUGCCAAGUAGACGUUAAACUGCCCCCAGCUCCCUUGCCCUCAUUGAUUUUACAGGCAUAUGAAAACCCAGCCUAGAAAAGAAGAAGCACGCCACAUACACACACACACACACACACACAUACAUACAUACAUACACAGACACACACACACAACUUGUUGCAUUCUUGCUCUAAUUGACAAUGGGCAAAAAAUUAAGUAGACCUGAUAUGGUUGAUGAAAGUACGUAAGUAAACUUUAUAUAAUAUAAAUAUAUAUAAAUAUAUAUAUAAAUAUACAUACACACUGUAUAGGUAACGUUUGUGCGUGGAAAGCAAACUUUUCAGUCCACAAAACUAGCAAUAUAGAUUUUACAAGGAAUUUCCACUUACUUGAUAGACAGCACCGUAGCUGAGUAGUAUGUGAGAGAGUAGGCCAAAAACUUAAAUGCUAGAAACAAAUUUCAGAUGUUUCAGUAUUUUCAUAAAGAGAGAAAGAGAGAGAGAGAGAGAGAGAGAGAGAGAGAGAGAGAGAAGUCCCUGAGGACUUGCAAAGAUCUCUUAAGCAAUCAUUACUGAAUGUGCCAAGUAACAUAGCAUCUAACUGUUUAAGUCCAAUAUUGCUUUGUAUAAAUCCUUAUUUUAUUAACAAUAAUAUCCUAAGUAACCAGUAUUAUAACUGCUCUGGUAUUUCAGGUAAGCAAACUAGUUAAGAUGCAGUAAACUCUACAGUAGCAACAUGGGAUGACCAGCUAAGUAUUGGUUGUCUUCGAGUAUUGGUUACAAAACUUCUUAGACACUUUAAAGGCUGUAAUAACUGUGAACUUACAUGAUCCACAUUUCUUUUGUAUGCAUUUGAUUUAUCGGACCCAAAACUCAGAAUCAUAUGAGAGGCGCACAUAAACAUGGCAGAAAUUUUCAUCUCCAACAUGAAAAUGACAGACACUCAUCCUCGUUUCCUUAACACCAUAACUUACUCAUUUUGUUCCCGAUUGCAAUGGGCGGAAGUCCCCCUAGAGCAUUUCCAACAGGAACUGCUCUAGGACAUUUAUUUUAGGAUUUAGCAUUUUAGGGUGGUGUUUUUAUUUUGAAAAAUAAUAACAGUAAUUGUAAUUCCAUGUAGCCAUGUGCUAGCAAAACACCUGUUUCAUCAUUGUGACCCAUCCGACUUCUUAGCUGACAAGUACCCAGUACUCAGCAGGCUGAGUCUCCCCUGCCUCUCUCUCAUAGUCUGGUUAGUUGCAAAAGCAUCACAUGAAAUCAAGCUGUGCUCUUGUUGCUUCUGUGUUGUGAUGACGCCAUCUGCUAGCCCGUCCAAGAUUCUGCACAUCCAGAUUCUAUACUGAGUCAAACAUGGCACCUACUUUGUAGUUUCAGCCUUUUGAGCCUCUGCAGCUGCAAGUUCUUUACACCUAAGCAGUAGAAACAAGAGAUCUACCCCCAUUGCUCCAGCUAAAAUGCAAGACCCCUUUAAAAAAAGAAAAGAAAAGAAAAAGGGGGGAGGAUAUGAAGUCCCUCUGUUGAGAUGUGGGGAAAGCACGAAAGAGUUGGCAGGGGCUGGUGCCAAGGCAACGCCAAGGAGAAGAGCAAAACCUUCUGGGUUGAAAAGUUCCUGGUUCCUGUCGCUUGGGUCUUCAUCGAGUGUGGGGGCAUCUGUUGACUCCCCAUCUUUUUUGUUGAUUCCUCACCCCUUUUGUCAUGCCAUUGCUAUCACAAAAUCAGCAAAACUGCAAACUGAGCACUUUGUUGUAUUUGUCCUCUAGGAAGAUUAACUGUCUAGAGCUUAGCCUUUAAAAAAAAAAUUAAACCUGCCCACUUUUGUUUUUCUAUGUGUGUAAUACUUCUUUCUUUGAUAUCUUCUCCAAACUGCUCUUUUGUGAAAAGAGUGGUACACAUGUCCUUUAGAUUUAGUUUGGGCUGAGUUGGGAGGCUAUUCAGUUGCCAUUAACUGUUCCAAAAUCGUCCCAUUUACCUUAAAGUUGAACUUGUCCAAAUUCCCUUGAGGCUCUCUGUUCUUGCAAGUGAAGGGAUGUUGUUAUGAUAAGGGAAAUUAGAACUGUAUUGCAUGUCAUCUAACGUUAAUGGUAUGAGGCUACACUCUACAUAUUGUAUAUUUGCAAAAUAUAUUGGUGUUUACUGUUGAAAAUUAGUCGAAGUAAAGUGAUAACAUAUUAAAAUAUGUAGGCUUUUCUUCAUCCCACUGUACCAAUGGUAGAGUCUAAUUGUAAUUUCUAGGUUGUUCCAGAAAAGAUGUGAAACUUUGGGUACAACAUUGAUCUUUCUCAAGUGGCAUUAGUUAAAAAAAAACAAAAAAAAGAAAAACAAAAAUAAAUUCUAUCCUCCACCACCGUCCACUCCCCUUAACCAAAAGAUACUUCUGCAUCAUGGUGCUGGGGCUGUCUUUGUUGUUCUGAGUUUUUGUGGUCAUUUGUAUCCCCAAACUGUCCUGUGUGUUCUGAAGUUCUACCUACAAGGCAUUGAGUCUAGACUUUGGACUAGGGAGGUACCUGGGCCAGGAGAUGAUCCAUUGAAAGCCUUAAGAGAAGAAUUACAUGGGUUAAGCAGUUAUCCUUCCCCUGAAGCUUUCACAGGGAAACAUCUGAACUUUUUAUCCUCCUGUUUCCAAUUUUACCUAAGGCUUGGGUCAACAAGGUAGACAAACUUUGUGCCAUUUGUGUUUUUCUAAGCUUAAGACUAGAAAUGUUUUCAUAGGUAUUAUAUUUUGAAAGGAUCAGAGUUAUGCCUCCUGUUUUUACUUUGGGAAGUAAUGAAUACCAACAAAGUAGUUUCCCAAAAGUCAGAGGUCUUUGGGACAUCAUUGCUUUUUAUAAAGUUGCAAUCCAACAUGUCAGAAUAAAUCACAGAUUAAUAGCCAUAUGAAAACAUCAUCUGUUUUUGCCUUGAGUGGGAAGAUAGAAGAUUGAUGAGUUGGGCUGCAAAAGAGAAUUAAAUGUUCCCACCGUGAGGUUGAGAUGGCUGUUGGGAUGGUUCUAGUCAUGCUUAUUGAAGAAGUCGAGUCAGGACACACUAAUAACAUUUUUCAAAUCCCAUGAAUUGGUGCGAUCACAUAAUCAAUAACAUCAUGGCAAGACCCUUAAGGAAAACAGCUGGUAAAAACAACAAAAUCUUUUCUGGGACAACAAUCAAAGAAUGUAUUUGUAUUUUUUUAAGUUUAUGAAUGAAAUGUACAUCAAUGUAAAAAAUAAAGUUCGUCCUAAUAUAAUGUACGUCUUGCUAAAAAGUAAUCAGACUUCCAGUGUAGAGUUUUUUUCCAUCAUCAACUGCAUGCAACAGAAGCCUCUUAUUUCUCAUUAAAGUGAGCUAAAAAGACAGUUGGCAAAUGUUUAAACCAUGACUCUCUACAUGUUGACUUGCCGUUCCAUAUGAAGCUGUGUUUCCUACAGUUAAGCAUGCUGUUUUCGUUGUAAAAUACCAUCGCCCUUCCUGCCUGAAAAAUGAGUAAUUGUAUAUAUAUAUAUAUUAACAACAAUAACAAAGGAACCAAUUGUAAGAUUACUUUGAGUGAAAUGGGGUGGUGAAAAUGGGACCAAGUAGGAGGAAUAGAUAAUUCUCUCAACUUGUAUAUAGUGUGUAAAUUAAUAUUACUCUUAAGUCUGCAUUCUUUCACUUUGAGGUUAUAUACAGUACCUAUCUCCUCUUAAGAACCAUAAUUCAGCUUUGAACUGUAUUAAAAAUUGUUAGAGCUAGAUCUUGAAUGCAGACUGUUUAAAGACUUCCAAGACCAUCCUGCUCAAAAGAAGCUUUUGCUCUAUUGAGGCCCAGUACCCAUUCAUUGACUGUGUAACUCUGGAGAGGAAAGGAGUGCUUUCGUUUUAAUAUGCAUUCUGUCUGUAAGUAGUAACAGACCCUAUCAGUGUAAAACUAUAACUGUGAUCAUGUGAAGAAAUCAAAUAAAUCAUUUAAAACUC